AUAGCACCUCAGUGUAUGACUCAUUGUGUGGCUGGCUCCCUGCUGGGAAAGGUCUGCUCCCAUCGGGCGGUCCCAGACAUGAAAAUAAACCAUGAGCCAGGGUGUGCGUGGGGUAUAAAAGCCUUGACGUUUAUGUGUUUCUCACAACUCCGAACCGGACCUUCCUGCUUCAGCUUCGCUCGACACCUCAGAAUGGACUUCCAAAUGUUUGCCCUGGUGAUGCUGCUCCUAACCGGUGUGGAGCGCAGCCUGGCCGACUGCGUGGUGGACAGCUUCACGGUCAAACAAGACUUUGACCCCCAAAGGUAUGCGGGAAAGUGGUACGCCCUGCAGAAGAAGGACCCAGAGGGUUUGUUCCUGCAGGACAACAUCUCUGCAGAGUACACUGUUGGAGACGAUGGCGCCAUGGUGGCUUCAUCCAGGGGUAGAGUCACCCUGUUUGGGUUCUGGGUUGUGUGUGCCGACAUGGCCGCUCAGUACACCGUGCCUGACCCCGGCAGCCCAGGAAAGAUGUUCAUGAACUACCAGGGACUGGCCAGCUAUCUGUCCAGUGGAGGUGACAACUACUGGAUCAUCGACACCGACUACGACAACUACGCCAUCACCUACGCCUGCCGCACCCUGAAGGAGGACGGCAGCUGCGAGGACGGCUACGCCCUGGUCUUCUCACGCAACCCUCGCGGCCUGCCACCUCCCAUCCAGAGGAUCGUGCGCCAGAAACAGGAGGAAAUCUGCAUGGCGGGACAGUUCCAGCCUGUGCUGCAGACUGGCGCUUGCUAAACUCCUAAUCAGUAAGAUAGCAGGAAUGAAGUCAGCGACUCCACUGAAACAGCUAAAUGCAUCAUUGUGUCAUGACAGAAAACUUCAGUCUUUCAAGCCCCGCCUUCUACUGCUGCUAAUAUGAAUGUAGAAAAGUCUCCCUCCAAACAGCAUUAUCAUUGUCACACUGAUGGGCAACAUCUGUAUCGUCAUUGUCACAACAUCUGUAUGCUUUCUUCCUUGUGGACCAGUGGCAAUACAUUUUGUAAGGAAA